AUGGGGGAACUACAAGAGCGAAUUACAUCGACAAAGCAAGGCUCAAUUACCUCAUUCCAAGCAGUUUACGUUCCGGCUGACGACUAUACAGACCCAGCGGUUGUCGCCGUUUUUGGGCACCUCGACGCCGUAACACGGCUUGAACGCUCAAUCCAGCAGAUGGGACGCUUCCCCGCCGUUGACCCGUUGACCUCUACCUCCCGUAUUUUGAACCCGGACGUUAUCGGUCAAGUACACUACGACACGACCCGUCAAGUGAAGGCGGUGCUUCAGGAUUAUGAGAGCUUAAAGGACAUUAUCGCAAUUCUCGGUGUGGACGAACUCUCAGACGAGCAAAGACUAACAGUUUCACGGGCAAGAAAGCUAGAGAAGUAUCUGACGCAGCCGAUGUUUGUUGCACAACGCUUUACUGGCAAACCCGGAAAAUAUGUCAGGAUUGAGGACACCGUUGAGGGCUGUCAAGCAAUUCUCAGAGGAGAUUGCGACGAAAUUCCUGAACAAGCACUGGCUUACAUCGGUACGAUUGAUGAAGCAUUUGAGCAGGCAAAAUCCGAGGAAUUACAAGAGGCAGCGGAUUAA